CGUUAGUGUCCCACAUACCGUCACCAUCACCACAACGUCCAACUUCUUUUAUAUCAUGGUUUACAUUCACUUCACCAUUCAAAGCCCGAUUUUAAACAGCUCCCUCGCCUUCUCUCACAAUUGUCUUACCGCAGAGACUUUUGGAUAGUCGUUGUAUAUUCGUGACCAGAUUAUCCCAAGAGACUACAACCAGAUGAUUUGAGCAACAGACGUCAGAACUCCAGCCUCAUCUCAUUCUCUUUCAGCAUCAGCGAGUGCUUCCCAAUACACAUAGCCGAUCUGCAUUAAACCAGGUACAACAACCAUGACACACUUUCCAGACCCAGAGUCACCCUCCUACCGGCCGACCUACACCGGCGACCAGCUUGCGGCUUAUGUCGCAUGUAUCGCCCCCGACCCAACAUAUACACUUGCCACUCUACAGUCCGAGAUCAAGGCCGAUCCACUCGGGGCGCUGAGUCGCCUACAAAUCCGCCAGAUGGGUUUCAACUCCUGGGGCAACGUAGCGUUACACUAUUCGUGGCAUCGGAUCAUCACCCUCGACUCGGAGGCACUAUUCCACAAGAUCGUGGAGCGCAAACUCGGGGGCUACUGCAUGGAGAACAACGCCUUCUUUGCCACAAUCCUUCGAUCUCUAGGAUACCAACUCUACGUGACUGGUGCACGAAUCAGCUUUGCGGUUGACGGCAACGGCAAACAUCCUGAAGGGUUUGCAGGAUGGUCGCAUGAAGCGAUCCUCGUGACCAUCGACGGCCAAAAGUAUUUGGUCGACGUCGGGUUCGGGUCGCAAUCGGCAAUUCACCCUAUACCGCUGAUCAAAGGAGACUCACAGAAUCCGCCAAAGGUCUAUAAUUCAGUUCCUGGUGCCGAGGUCCGGCUCGUCUACCGUCCGAUCGCUUCCAAUACCGACUCUUCACCGUCGCUUUGGGUGCUGGAAACCCGCAAUAAGACGCACCCAGAGUGGCAGGGGGCAUACUGUUUCUCCGAGGUCGAAUGGCUACCGGCGGACUUUGAGAUUAUCAAUUACCGUACCUCUCAAGAUCCGAGGAGCUGGUUUACUCACCGGCUGGUCAUGGUCAGGACACUCAUCGAUGAGGAAACUCGCACGAAGCCCGUCGGUACGCUCAUUCUGUCCGGAAACGUCAUAGAGAGGAGAUUAGGCGAGGCAAAGAAGGAAGUGGUUCUGGAGGCCCGUACCGAAAGGGAGCGGAUCAUUGGUCUGCGGACAUGGUUUGGCAUCGUCCUCCAGCCCGAGGAAGAGAGAGGCAUUGUAGGAAUGGCUAGUGAAAUUCGCAGCCCUUCAGGUGUGUAGAUUGUCGCCAAAAAUACACAUGCCUAAAGUACUUGCUGCUGAUGGGAGCGAUAAUCCUUACGCCGAGCCGUGUCCUUGUUUCCUAGAGGGCGCCUCGAGUCUCAUGCACCACCGACCUACCUGUUGAAGAUGUCGUUUGCUCAAUCACCAUCAUGUUGAAGGUGGUCCAGUAAUACUCCUGAAGCCCGACCACUGUCGCUGGAUAAGCGAGAUCCUUGCGGUGGCCACGGAAAGACGGCCAAGUUGUUGUAGAUCGAGCUCGCUGAAUCCAUAGUCAUGCCCAGCACCAACAGGAGCACGUUUGAGUGCGGUGGCAACAUGGAGCGGGCACCACAUGGUAUCUUCUCACCAACCGUGCUCUACCAGUGUCGUUAGGACUGACUUCGUUCCAACUGGAAAUAUCUUUCUUUCGCUGAGCUGCAGGAUGGGACCAUACAACUGGAGAGGAUCAUGCACGGUUCACCUCGGAGGUUUACCAGAUCCUUAUGCUGCUACUUUUAGCAUACAAUGAAAUAAAACGUGGAGAUACGAAUACGGGACGUUGAGCCGACAAAGGCAAUUGCAGAACAUCCCUCUGAUGUCCACGGAUGAUGUCAGAGUAAAGGCAUGAUGCUAUCGAGAUCUUUCAGAAGUACUCACAUGGAAUAGUAGCCCUUCAAAGCCUACAAGACGUCAAAGAAAAUGGC